UUCAUUUCCCAGUAGAGUAGACUGACUGAAUGAACGCCUCUCUACAAAUGGCCGCGCGGCUUUGACGCCUUCCACUGCGGAGCCGCGCAUGCGCAUUAACCGCGUCCGAGUGCCCGAUACAAGAUGGCGGAGUCGGUGGGGAGGGAGAGGCGGAGGCGGGUCCGAACCGGAUAGCGCAAAGCCUAUUGAAGACUCCCACCAAACCUCUCCAAGACAGGACAAAUGAGGAGCUAUGACGAGUGAAAACCACGGAACAGAAAAGGCAGACUCGGCGAUGGUCAUGUCGCCCACCGGGUCCACGUCACAGGCGGCUCCUUUAUCACCCUCAACCAGCAAACCCAUCCAAGAGCUGCCAGAUGAGCUGGUUCAGGCUGGAUGGUCUAAAUGUUGGAGUAAGAGGGAGAAUCGGCCGUACUACUUCAAUCGAUUCACUAAUCAGUCGCUGUGGGAGAUGCCGGUCCUGGGCCAGCAUGAUGUCAUUUCCGAUCCUCUGGGCUUGAACGCGGCUCCAGCCUCUGGCGAGGCAAUGAGUGACACCGGUCUGGGCAACGGUCAGCGUAAAAGACAUCCAUCGGAGGAUGCUCAAGCAGGCCCUAACAGUUUCAAGAGGCCAAAGCGGUUCAGCUCUGUAGACAUGACGUGUCUGAACUGGUCUUUGUGUUUCAGAGUCUACUGGGACCUGGACGUUCAGACCAACGCUGUGAUCCGCGAGCGAGCCCCAGCGAACCACCUGCCUCCACACCCUGAGAUCGAGUUGCAGAGAGCUCAACUCACCACCAAGCUGCGGCAGCACUACCACGAGCUGUGCUCUCAGCGUGAGGAAUAUGUGCGCAGGAUCCGGCAGGCUCACCUCACUCUGCUUAAAGAGUGCAACAUCUCAGUGGACGGCACAGAGCCGACGGAGGUCCAGGCCCGGUUGGUGUAUUGUUAUCCAGUCAGACUGUCCAUCCCGUCUCCUCCUCAGCCGCGUGUUGAGCUGCACUUCGAGAAUGACGUUGCUUGUCUGCGGUAUAAAGGAGAAAUGGUGAAGGUCAACCGCGGUCAUUUCAGCAAACUGGAACUCUUAUAUCGGUACAGCUGUAUUGAUGACCUGAGGUUUGAAAAGUUCCUAUCUCGUGUGUGGUGCCUUAACAAAAGAUACCAGGUGAUGUUUGGGUCCGGAGUGAACGAGGGGUCUGGUCUGCAGGGGGCGCUGCCUGUUCCCGUCUUUGAGGCUCUCAACAAACAGUUUGGAGUGACAUUCGAGUGCUUCGCUUCUCCUCUUAACUGCUAUUUCAAGCAGUUCUGCUCCGCGUUUCCAGACAUUGAUGGCUUCUUUGGAUCUCGAGGGCCAUUUCUCAGCUUCUCUCCAGCCAGCGGCUCAUUUGAGGCCAACCCUCCGUUCUGUGAGGAACUCAUGGAUGCCAUGGUGAAACACUUUGAGGAUCUUCUGGAACACUCCAGCGAGCCGCUGUCCUUCAUCAUCUUUGUGCCAGAGUGGCGUGACCCACCGACCCCUGCCCUGACACGGAUGGAGGUCAGUCGCUUCCGCAGGCACCAGAUGAUUGUGCCUGCUUUCGAGCACGAGUACCGCAGCGGCUUGCAGCACAUCUGCAAAAGAGAAGAGAUGUACUACAAGUCUGUCCAUGGAACAGCAGUCAUUUUCCUCCAAAACAACGCUGGCUUUAGCAAAUGGGAGCCCACCACGGAGAGAAUCCAGGAGUUCCUGGCGGCGUAUAAGGUCUCCGGCCGUUCAUUGCCCUCACCUGGUCCUUCUUCCACCAGUACAGGAGACAAAGACUCCAAACCGGUCCAGGAGCGCUUGGCUAAGACUCAAGACGACAGCAGUCCUGUUGACAAGACUGCUCCGGACACAACAAACAUUUAGACCGCGGCGCUGGCGUGUGGCCACGUGUAUGUAUGUAUGUAUGUUUAUGGGAAAGAGUCUAUGGUUGUAUGAGAGGUUUAAUAUUACGCUGUUGGGUUUAGAUGGGCACUGGGCAUGUAAAUGUUCACUCGAGAAGAAGAAAGACCCAUAUUUGUUUACUUCCACCUCUAUUAUUUAAUAUUAUUUGUUUUAGGUUUUUUGAGUUAUGUUAUCAUAAUUGUUGAGUUUUAUAUCAGUGUAUUGAUAAGUUUGGUCACAUUUUUUUUUUUUUUUAAGAGAUGAUAAAUG